AUGGGAUUCGGUCGCGACCGCGAUGAGUACCCGGCCUCGAGCGUCGCGGAAGCGAUAAGGUGCGCGCGCGCGUCGUCCCGUCGCGCGUCGCCCUCCCCCACGCACCCCAUCGCGCGUCUCGCGGAAACGACGGAACGAACGCAUGAUGGCUCCCGCGACGCCUCGCCGCCCCGCCGCGCGAGUCGCCGACCCGUCCCCUCCCUCCCUCCCUCCUCCCGCCGUUUCCCCAGUGCCGUCGGCGUGCUCGACGAUCUCGCCACGUCCGCCCCCGGCGUCGCCGCGGCGGCGACGUCCGCGGCCGCGUUCGUGCUCACCGCGAACGCGGCGCGACGAGCGGCGUACGCGACGGGCGUGUCGUGCGCGACGCCGAUCCUGGGGGUGGCGUGGGGGCUGUGUGCGACAGCGGGGGCGUCCGUCGUCGCCGGGCAGGCUGCGAGGGCGGCGCUCGAGGCGAGCAGAAGCGGCGGCGGCGGCUGGUCCGGGUCCGUCGGCGUCGCGGACGUCGCGAACGCCGCGCGCGUUGGGUGGUCGUCGUUCGCGUCGUCGUCGUCGUCCGCGCGGUCGGGAUUCUUUCGCGGCGCGCUCGGGGGUCUCGGGGGUCGCGACGCGGCGUGGGACGAGGGCGAGAUGACCCUCGACGCGAUGCUCGGCACGGUUCUGUACGCGUUCAUCGGACGUGGCGUGCACAGCGCGCUCCCGAGCGACGUCUCGCACCCUGGCGCGAUGCGACGAAAUUCGAUGCCCGCGAACGGAGCGCACUACGCGUCAGAGUCGCAGAAACGCACGCUCGCGCGAUGGAUGCGUCGCGACGGGUGCCAUCACUGCGGGACGCGGUCGGGCGCGGUCAUCGGCGACCACAUGCCGCCGAACAAGAUGGCGUUCGGGUCCAGCGCUGCCGCGGAGGCGUCCAGGAACGGAACCCUGAGCCUCGGCGCGCGCGCGUGGAACUUCCUUCGCAUGGUGCCGAGGCAACGGUUUUUCCCGCAGUGCCGCGCGUGCUCGGACCUGCAGUCGACGGCGGUGCGAUUACGCGCCAAGUCGCUCGUCAUGCACAACGGCGGCGUCCGCAUAGGGUGCGUCGUCGCGAGCGUCGUCGCGGCGAGGCAUUACGUCAUGUGGAAGCACCCGAGGGAGUACGAGCGGUUUGAGAGGAGGGUGGAGGAGUUUGUGUUGAGGACGCGAUGA